CCCUCAUCUACAAUCGCAAGUGCACCACCGCAGACUUAUACCAUCCUCACCUCGCUCUGCAAACAGCCGUCCCCGACCUCCCCCCCCCCGACGAUCGAGCAAGCUCGUGGUGUCGUACCCAAUCGUGCAGCACGCCAUGGACCCAUUCUACGAAAUCAAAAAGAUCCAGCGGGUGCUCCGGCAGGUUCGCAGCAAGGUCAUCAGCAUCAACGGCUCGCAGGAAGAGCUGUCGCGCGCGAGUCAAGUUCCAUCCAAGAGCCACUCCGGCCUGUUCUUCCCGAAACAGAGCCAUACGGUCACAUACAGCCAGCGCGCCCGCCUUGCGCGGAGCAACAGCCGAGCAUCACUGGCUGCAUCGGAGAGGCUGGCGGUUUCGGGCGACUUGCUCAGCGGCAACGGCAGCGGCUCGGGUGAGACGCAGAUUCUGCCAAGCCCUCUCCGUAAAUGCGGCACCAAUUUCCUGGAGACCUUUGGACAAAUCACGCUGACCAUAUGGAAAAUCGACGACCCGGAGCUUGAUUCCAAGUGCCGGCGUCCGCGCGAGUCGCCCCAAGUCCCUUCCCUGGCGAUGCGCGCGGCUUUCGAGCUGGGCAAGUUGGGAGCAAUUGACGUGAACGAAGACGACGAAUAUGACGAAGAAGCGUGGUACAGCACCGUACCGAUGUUUCUGCGGAGAUACGUAUUAUACCAGCACAUCGUGCAGAUAUGCAUCGAGCGACUGACGUUUCCCAAGCUAAUCGAGGGCAUGAUCAAGAUCUGUCACCAGUAUGGAUGCACAUAUCAGAAAAUGUGUCUGAUCGAACACCACAUGCUGAUAUCCCCACCAACAACGCUCGACGACUUUGGCCGACACUACCACCUCUGUUCAAAGCAUCCCCGACUGUUCAUCUCGUGUCUUGUCAAUAUCCUGACUCUCUCCCAGGCGCGCAAGUCCGGCUUUGCCAAGUUUGUCGAGGCUCUGCCACCGCACCUCUCGACUGUUCUGGAGGCACGAGCUAUCGAGAUGUUCAUUUUCGAGCAAGACAGCGACCAUCCCAUCGUUUCCGUGACAUAUCUAUCAAGGACCGAGCACUGGAUUUCGCGGCAGCUGGUCCUUGGAAUGCGGCAGAUGCGAGCAAAGGCUCGCGCACUCUCGGCCCACCCUUUGGCAGCACCAGACCGGCUUGAAUUACACAUGCUGCACCGGAUCGUCGCAUGCGGGCCGGAUCAAGUUCCGGUUCAGCUCAACACCACCACCUGGGUCAAUUUGUAUCUCUACCACAUCCUUCUGGGCCUUCCGGAGUACAAUGACAUAGUGCUUGACUGGGACCAUUGGAUCCGAUCCAAGGCCGAGAGCGGUGCAGUUCAUUCGAUACACCAGGCUGCAUCGGUGCUCGAGUGGACACUAGAGUAUCCCGAAGAAGGCCUGAGAAAGCUGCUGGAUCGGCUAACGCACUGUGGGCUAUGGCGAUUGAAAGAAUGGCUGCUCCAAGGACUGGUCGCUGUCCUUGAGGAAGAUGCCAAAGAUGAGAGCCCCAUCAACCCUGACGCCAGCCCGGAAAGUGGAAAGCGCACCUGUCCACCCUCUGUCGAAUGGGCGAGGCGCCGGCUCAUCGAGUGCCAAAAGUUCAUGGAGGGUGAGCGCAUCAAACCGUGGGACCUGUGCAACAGCAUCGACGACAUCGUGCUCUACCCAGACGACUCAAUCAUCUGCUCAAGCUAUCUCUCGGACGACGACGACCUGGACGAUCGACAGGAAGAGCAUUGGUCCCUUAUUCACACCCCCAGGCGAAAGUCCAUGACCCGGCCCAAUCCGAUUCUCGCGAGCCAGAGUCCUACUCCACGUUUGAGAUCGCCAGGACAGCGGCUACCAAAUCUUGACACACCUCUUGCCCGCCGAUAUCGAUCGCAGGAGCAAUCAAGAGCGUCGUCCACCAGCUCGAAUGACUGGCCUGAUGCCGGUGACCUGGACGACGCCAUCGACAGCGACGACGAUGAUGAUGACGAGCUCGCGAUGCUGCCUGGCCGUCACCCAUCUCCAACAGCGGCUGCCAAGAAAGGCGGUCUCAGACCAGCGUCUCUCAACUCAAGGUGCUGGUUUGGUAAGGCUGGUUAUGUGUCGCCACGAUCUUCGAGCAGCUCCAACGACAGCCAGCCCGCCAGUCGGAAGCGGCCUCGCCGACGAAAGAGCAUCGUAUACCAGAGCAAGCGGCGCCGCAGCACCAUAUGCUCCGAAGGCAGCUUCGAUGGGGAGUCGAGCAUGGACUCGCUGAGCGAGGACGACUGGGACAGCGAUGCAUCUGCCGGCUGGGGUGCCGGUUCAGACAGGCACGGUUCUUGGGAAGACAGCGAUGGCGAAUACGUCGACCCGCUACAGCGGACCGGUGCUACGGAUGAGGGCGUGAUUCUGCAUCACAGAAUGGCCAUGGCCAGCCAUUGUGUCGAGAGGCACGUUGUCAAGGUCACAAGCAUCCGGAUUGCCGCCAAUCAGGAGUACAAUUGCCAGGAUGACAAAUGCGCUCCUCUGUUGAGCCAAGCCUCACGCAGCAGAUCCCUGGCGCUUUCUUUGGACCAGGAUGACAAACUGCAGGCGCCGGCCUCGGCCGAAAGCCGUCAAGAUCCGGGGUAUUUGAGACGCGGCCCCUGCCUGGCCCUUAUCGUGACUGCAGAGCACAGCACUCCCAUUUGCGGCAUCUUCACUGAAAUGUCUGAGCCAACGAUCAGGGUUGUCAUCGUCGGCGCAGGUUAUGCUGGCCUCGGCGUCGCCUCAACACUCUUCAAGAGCGCUGGUCCGCAGGUCUCGAUCACCUUGGUUUCGGAUCGUAACUAUGGCCUGCAUUCCGUUGCCGUGCCCCGGGCUAUGGUCGAUCCUUCGAUCCUGGACCAAAUCUGUUUCCCCCUGACUGAGCCGGGUGUCUUCCGCAAGGGCUGGUAUGGCGGAGGCGCCCGGGGCAAGAUUGUCUUUGGCCGGCUUGCUCGUGUCGAUGAUGGCAAGAUUGCCAUCCACAAACCCACAACCGAGGCCCUGAACGGCAGCGCUGCCGCACAGCAAUGGGAUGCAGCCGAGACCGAGCUCGAAUACGACUUUCUCGUCCUGGCUCUUGGCUCAAACUACGAUUUCCCCUUCAAGAGCACCUACUUUGCCCGCGAGGCGUUCCUCGGGCAGAUUCGCCAGGCCAUCGAGGAUGUCAAGGCUGCAUCGAAGGUCUUGGUUGGCGGUGGUGGCCCCGUUGGCAUCGAAAUUGCGACAGAGAUCAAAGCGGUCUAUCCCGACAAGGCUGUCACCCUAGUCCAUGGACAGAAGGAGCUUAUGGAAACCACUGGAGCGUCCGAGGCCUUCCGCAAGGGUCUACACGACAAGGUCCUGCAGCUUGGUGUCGAGCUCGUCCUUGAUGAGAAGCUUGUCGCCAGCGACGGCUCCAAGAUCUCUUAUGCGACUGGGUCUAAGACAUACCGCACUGCAUCGGGCACGCACCAGUUCAGCGCCGACGUUGCGUUUUCGUGCUUUGGAGCACAGCCAAACACCCAGCCUCUCAAGCAAGGGCAUCUCGCCGAAGCUAUCACCGACCGUAGUCUCAUCAGGGUCAACGACGCUUUCCAGGUGCUUGGCCACGACAACAUCUUUGCGUUGGGCGAUGCUGCCGAUGCAGACACUCUGAAGCUGUCCUUUAUCGCUGGUAAGCAGAGCGACGCUGUCGCCUCCAACCUCCUGGCUGUGAUCAAUGAUCGCCUGGCUUCGACCAAGCGCUUUGUUCCCAAGAACGACCCGAUGCCCAAGCAAAGCGGCUUCAUCGGGCUUGUGGCGAUGGGCAAAGAAAAGGGCAUUGGUGAGGUUGCUGGUAUCGUCGUUGGUGAUUUUAUUGUGCGCAAUCUGAAGGGACGCACCAUGCUGGCCGACAAACUGAAAGGCACCUACGGCCCGCCCAAGUAG